UGAAGUCAGAUUUACACAAAUUAUCCAUUCACACAUAGGUCAAAGGUCUAUACAUUAUGGCUAGGUCCCGGUGAUCAUAGAGAGAUUAUUUUCCUCUGCAUAGAUAUGAAAAAGAUCAGCCUGAUACUGGGAGCCUGACCCAAUUCUUUGCUGAUCAAGAAAUAGCCAGCCCAACUCAGUCAAUAGCAGCUGAACCGGAGGCAGAGAUGCAGGAGGCUGGUCUGAAGUCAGCUGACCCAACCCAGUCACUAAAGGCUAAAAUAGAAAGUGAGAUGCAGGCUGAUCUAGAGACAGCCGGCCCAUCCCAUGUACAGGAGCCACACCAGACUUCUCUACUCAACUCUGGAGACCUGGAACUGGAGGAUACUGAUGUGACCUUCACCACCACGCCCACGGCCCCCCAGGCUGCAACGUCCCAGAACAGCCUUGUCAGGCUGCAAAGAAGCUCCCCAGACCUCUCCACCUUUGUGCAGGACAUGACUGACAAACACUGGAAUCUGUUGAGUGAGAAUAUGCGUGCCAAGUUAACCAGAGAUGAGUUUACUGCCAAGUGCAUGGACAUUGUCACAUGGGUGAAGAAGAUCAAAUCGACAGUUGUGGUUCCAGCCCUUGACCUCACCAUGCAGAUAGAGCUGACUGAGUUGCCAGGCUCUCCUGGAUCAGGAAGUGAGGAGGCAGUAACUUCUCUUUCCCGCACUGUGAGAUUAAGUUGUACUCAAGGCCCCAGCAGGAGCACCAGCUCUAAAACUUCCUGGAGCAUGCGGACACCCACACUUUUCCCCUCCACUUACAGGUCCAUGACCUCUUUGCUGAGUGAAGAGGACGAUGAAGACUUGAUCCCUGGAGAGUUCACAUAUCUCUCUACACCUGAGGGGGACAAUAGAGAGGUGAAGGACAGACCCUGCUCAGAACCACUCAGGUCUGUGUUUGGUCUGUCUCAGAGCUGUGUUUUCAAUCAAAUGGUCCACAGUGGAGCAUGUAGGUCGCUGAGUGAGAUUGUACUGCCGUCCAGCCGGAGUAGGCAGAGGAAGCUCAUGCCCAUCAUCGUCUCUGCAGACACCAGGUUGGUAAUGGAAAUUGUGGAGAUGGUGAUGAAAGUCAUCAACUCCAGGCUAGUUCAGCUAAUGCUACAUGUGGGUUGUGAUCAGGGAACUGAAGAUCAUGGCAGCAACUCAGCAAGCAUUCGGUUUGCUCAAGAGAUGCUGAGCAUGGCAAUUGCAUCAAUGUAUGCCCACGCCAUGGCGCAUAUUGCGCACGGAAGCAAGUCCAGCAGUCGCCAGUCCAAAAAGUCUCCGCUUGAAUUAGAGGGGGAGCUUGAAGCCAUAUUGGGUCCUCUGGCUGGACAGGUAAUAGUCACCAUCAUUAAUAGUAUCCUCAGGACUAAAGACAAUGGAAGAACUGAGCAGGAACGGACCACCCCUUUGAGUUACUUCCUUACUGCGGUUUCUGCUGAAAUUCAAAGCAUGGUAGUUCAAAGAUCUGCAAGUAGACAUUCCUCCAGGCAGUCCAUCAGAGACCACUUGAUGAAUAUCUCCAAGGGCAAGAUCGUGAAAGCCGUUCAAAUUAAAAUGUCACAACUCUAUGGCGAGUCUACCAACGAAAGCUGCAUAUCAGCAACUCCAACAAUCCAGAGCCUGUCCAUGUGCUCUUCCAAAGAAUCCCUUUGUGAUUGGACCUCAGACGACGUGCAUCCAGCUAAGUUCCUGUCUAGCAACAGAAUUACAGCAUUGUCGAAUGAUGUUGUGGAUGUUGUGUUUGGUGAUGUUCUUUAUAAUCUUGGACUUUUGGACAGCCAAACACAUUUAAAUCCACAGAGCACCGGCUCAUCAAUAGACAUCAGGGGUGUUGCUGGGGAGAUGGUCAGACAAGUCUCCGUAAAACUCCAGCCCUUUGUUUCUGAGAGCAGUCUGGAGGCCAUGUCCACGACUCACGACUCACCAUCUCUGCCCAUCUCAGACUCUGACUUGAAGUUCUUGUGCUCUCACUCAGCGUUUGCUGUGGCAACUGCCUGCCAAGCAAUUCAAAAUGAGCUUGAGAUUGAGAUGAGUCUCAACCCAGCCACAGAGGCCGGCUCCCAGGGUAACCUUGCUGCCAGAGACCUGGUAUCUUCUCUGUCACAGAGUCUUGAGGACAUAGAUGUUUCUCACAUCAUUCAGGGCCUUAAGGAGGAAGAUGUGACAUUUGCCAAUCUGAACAAAACCCCUUCAAGCGACACUAAUAGAUUAGAGGAAAUCUUAUCUGCCCAUAUUUCCCCUGAAAGUAUUGCAGCGGCAUCGGUGGAUCUUUUUGAUGGCGUAUUAGGAGACUUGCAUGAGGCAUUUGAGGCAAAUAAGGUCUCAGCAGCCACAAAAUCUGGUCGCAAAAGGUUCUGGGUGGAAGUACAUUCAAGUUCACGAAACCUGUACACCAAUGUGCUGGACAAACUAAAUAAGUGGUUCAGUUUACACCAUCUCACUGAGGAAAAAGAUGUCCCUCAGAAUACCAAGCUCUCUGCAACUGGACCACUCCCAACUGAGGCCUGUUUGGAGGUAUCUCCUGUGCAAAAGACCAGUAUUAACAGCUCAGGUAUGUCCUUCAGGUCUCUGAGUGAUAUCUCAGACAACCAGCCAACCCUCAACACAUGCACUAAAGAGGUCAUCAAAAAGGUGGCAUCAGUUCUGAAGGUUGAGGCUUCUAAGGAAGACUGUUCUUCUUCCGUUGGAGGGAGGACAUUAAAUGUGUUCUUGGAGUUCAGCCAGAAGUUGGAUGCUCUCAUCUCAAAGUUGGAGGACCUCCCCAUUUUAGGUGAGAUUUCCUCGCUCACACAGCCACAAAGUGCAGUCAGCAGCAGCAGAACCUCUAAUAUUUCCAUCCGGAGUAUUCUAAGUGUGGAGUUCCACACAAAGGCUAACCAAAUCGUGAGUGAGGCCAUCUUUGGAGCUGCAAUUGUUUUCAUUGCUCGCAAGGCCAACCAUUUGGAGCUAAUGAAUAUGCCUGCUACCUAUUCACAACACCUGUUUGCAGCAGCCUCAGACAUUGUGAACAUUAUUGUGGAAGACCUAGAGAGAGAGACCAUGGAUACAGAGUCCCACCUAAUACCUAAAAUAGUUUUUGAUGAGUUUCUGGAUGUGGCUCACAACAUCUACUACCGAGUGAGGGAUAGGCUGAAGGUCUUCUUCUCCAUGUCCCCAGUGCCAGCCUCCAAAACCAAAGAUAUGGUGGAUUCCAUGCCUGUGGAGAAACAUGGAUACUUUGAGGCCUCUGACACUGCUCAUGACCCGGAGCGACCUCAAUCUGUCAGGAGUGAGAAGAUGUUGACAAAAGACAGUUUAGCCAAUGUUGAAAGGUCUAAAUCCCUUGCAUCUCAGGGUGACACGUCAACAGAAAAUCAAGACUUUGACACCUUCACAUUGACACCCACCAAGAGCAUGUCAGUGUUGAGUGAUCACAGUUUGAAAGGAGAUUUUUCUCUCUUGAGUGAAAGUUGCCAACCAUUUUUGGCUCUCCAAGACUCAACAGUGCCAGUCACUAAGCAGAGUUUCACCAAAUCUGCUAAGAACACCCUCAGCCAGAUCCUAAAUGUGAUCAAGUGCAGAGUGGUUGCCUCGAAUAAUUCAUCUGUUGGAAAGAAGACAACUGACAUGUUGGACUCUCUUCUUGAGAGCCUUGACCAGUUGACUGCAGAUGAGAUAAAGGGGACAGCGUCCCACAGCUUGAUCACAAUAGAUGUGCCAGAAUCACUGUCUAAGCAAUCCUUGACAAAAUACUUGUCAACUCAUGAGAGGAACCAGGAUUCUUCCCCUGCAAAGCUUGUAUGUCAACCAUCAUGUCUGAUACCAACAUCCAUAUCUGACACCAACAUUAUAUUGCAAACUAUAAUGGAAACGCUGGUGAAGGAGGAAUCAAGGAAGACUUCAGCAGAGGAAAACCUUGAGAGGCUCGUCUCCAUUGAAACCAUUCAAAGUGUGUCAGACGAACUCAUCACAAAGGUCCAUGGUCUCAUUCAGGAGAUCACAAUAAGCCGGCAACUUCAAUCAAUGGCUGGUCACAGGAGCUUAUCUGAACCGGCAUUGCCAAAGCCAGCCCUGAAAAAGCUGUCAAGGAAUGAUGCCUUUGAGCUCGCCUACAGCUUUGCCGAAAAUUCUGUUAGGACUCUCCUGGGGCAGUGUUUAGAUGUCUCGCCCUUUUCCACCGGAGUAAGGCAGACGAUGGAUCAGGUCACUAAGAUAAUGACCAACACAGUGAUGGACACGCUGACUGAUGUGUCCAAGCCCACAGUGAAGUCAGAGGAUGAAUUAGUUUCCAGGUUAGUCCAACCAGAUGAAUUCCCCACCAGGAGCCUUAACCCAGCUGAUGGCAACGCUGAGGUGACGCCUCGCUCUGCUGGAGGUGAAAAGAAUAGCAAGAAGUGGCAUUUCCUUUUCAAAAUGCCUAACAUCCCGAAGAUCAGGAUCAAGGUGUUCAAGAGAAAAGGACAAUCCAAGAAGCACCCUGAACUGGAAGCGCUGCCAACAAAACGUUUCAGUGAUAUGUCACUGAAGGUUCCUUCCGCUUCCCCGCCAAUGGAGGACCUGAUACCUGCACCUACUGCACAGGAUCCCCAGUCCCGUAAAUGCUCCUUCGUGGUUAGGGUGUUUCGGGCCCUCUCUCGAGCCAUCACCAGCCUCUUCAGAGGAGCUUCAGGGAAGAAGCACUAGAUAAGUGCCUGAUUUUAAUAAACAUU